CGUCGACUGCUCUCCGACUCCGAUGAUAAUCGUUGAUGAUCUGUCAUAUUUUUAUCACUCAAGCACUAAAAUACAGCUCAACAUAUUGUUAGUUUAAGUUUUAAGUCAUAUUUUGGAUGUAUUUGGUUCUAUAAAUAACUUUUAAACUAAAAACCCUAUGCGGAUUCUUUUAUUUUUAAAAUAAAUAGGCCUAUGUACUAUUUUAUGAUUUAUAGGUUAGUUUACUUAAAGGGCGUACAUAGGCUUAAUAUUCUUGGAAAUAAUGAUAUAAAAUAAAUUAUGUUAUUAUUCGAUGCUUCUAAAAUAUGUCAAACAGUGUAAUUAUAUCCAAAUCUCCUAAUUUGCUCUAAGAAAAAGGUACUAUAUGGACACAAUGAGUUGGUUUGAUGCGACAGGAUUUGCUAAUUUAGCAAAAACGGCUCUGAAAGAAGCUCAAAAGACUAUAGACAAAGCUCUUGACAUCAAGGAAGAGGAUAUUGAGCAUGUAACUCAGAGCAGCUUGACGUCACCUGGUGCUGAGACGGAAAUGUGGGUAGACCAAGGAGUGCCUCGGAGUGAAAGUGAGCCAAAACUCUCAUCCUCGAGUAAACUUAGUCAAAGUGGAAGUCUGUGGGGAUCCUUCACAGGCUCGUUUUUUGAAAAUCCUAAAUUGCUAGAAAAUGAUGCAAAAGAGAACCCUGAGACUCCUAGUCGUCCUACUAACUUUAUUUCAAACCAGCCCAAAAAAACAGCCACAUUUCAGCCUCCCUCGGCUAGUACAGCUAAUACUUCACCUUCAGAGGCAAAAACCCCUGAUCCGAGCUGUCCUUCUGAUAUCCGAGAAGAGAUUCUCAACUUUCCGCCAGUAGUCUAUAGGAAAAAAGAACCUCGUAACUAUAACAACCGGUUAUCUGCUAUUUCGUCUGAAAGUGAUCGAAGGUCGAGUUCCAGCUGUGAAGUACUCGGCAGUUGUACGCCUGAUUCUGACCCUCAACAUUCCCUCUCCACCUCCUCGUCCGUCGUUAGACUGCGGCAGUCGGGCAGCUUUGAGUCUGUUGAAGUACUUACGUCUCCCAGCAGUGUUGAAGUUCUCGGGUCUACUGCUAGUGAACACAGGUAUUCGAGUGACAGCAUAUCACCCAUAGCGGAAGGGGAAGGUCCUCCUGAACUAGUGGAUGACUCGGAACCAAGCGUGGCCGAGGACAGUUACACCUCUGCCUCGGAAACUCUAACAGCGGGAACAGUUCUGGAUCUUCCCCAAGCUUCGUCAACAUCGCGAGAUUUGAUGUCUGCUUCAACAACAUCACGGGAUUUAAUGUCCACAUCGUCAACAUCGAGAGACUUGAUGCUCAAAUCAACAUCGUCUCUGGACACUUCCUUUACAGAGCCUCCUCGAGAUAGUGUAGGCAGUGAGUGUGAAACCGGGGUGUCUAGCUGUGAGGAAGGUACACUGAUGGCCAGUAGUGGGGAGGAGACAACUCUAGGUACAUCUACAUCAACCUCCUAUCUCACCAACCUACUGGCAGACGCAAUGACUGAGCAACCUCCUCACAGAGAACACUCUCCUAUAUCAUCUGAGAGGUGUGAGGAAGGCACACUGAUGGCCAGUAGUGGGGAGGAGACAACUCUAGGUACAUCUACAUCAACCUCCUAUCUCACCAACCUACUGGCAGACGCAAUGACUGAGCAACCUCCUCACAGAGAACACUCUCCUAUAUCAUCUGAGAGGUGUGAGGAAGGCACACUGAUGGCCAGUAGUGGGGAGGAGACAACUCUAGGUACAUCUACAUCAACCUCCUAUCUCACCAACCUACUGGCAGACGCAAUGACUGAGCAACCUCCUCACAGAGAACAUUCUCCUAUAUCAUCUGAGAGCCAUGAGGAAGGUACACUGAUGGCCAGUAGUGGGGAGGAGACAACUCUAGGUACAUCUACAUCAACCUCCUAUCUCACCAACCUACUGGCAGACGCAAUGACUGAGCAACCUCCUCACAGAGAACAUUCUCCUAUAUCAUCUGAGAAGUGUGAGGAAGGCACACUGAUGGCCAGUAGUGGGGAGGAGACAACUCUAGGUACAUCUACAUCAACCUCCUAUCUCACCAACCUACUGGCAGACGCAAUGACUGAGCAACCUCCUCACAGAGAACACUCUCCUAUAUCAUCUGAGAGCCGGUCAGACAUGAUCAAAAUUGGCUCCAGUGGACACACUUCUGGCGACGAGCUGGAAACUACAACCUCCUCGGAUAUCGAAAUCAUCUCAAGUCCGACCCCCAACGGUGACAGUAGCAGUGCAGCUUCCAGGCAGAGCCCCGCCAGACUUAGCUCUCGUUCUAAGAUGAGCCUUGUAGCUGGGACAUCACAUCCUGAACAUUCUCUCAGUAAAGUUUUUGCAGCCAAAGUCAAAGGACAUCAAAGAGAAUUAUCCGAGGCCUCUAGUGGAGGUUCUGAUGAUGGUUCAGAAGUUGAUAAACUACACAAGCGUAUUUCAGAAAUGACGGAAAUCUUGGAAGUGAGGGAGGCCAAGUUGAUAGAUCUCAGCAGAUUAAACUCAGACCUUCAAGAAACAAACGGUGACCUCAGGCGUCAGCUUGAAAGCGGUCUACAGAAACAAGAUGUAAGCGAGUUGAGUGAAGAGUUUACUCAAAGGUUGGCAGCCUUGGAGCGGAAGUUCCAGCAAGCGAUACGUGACAAGGAACUUCUACGGAAACAGCUUGAGCAAGCCCGUGCGGCAGCCGCAGUUGCUGAGGAAGAAGCAGAGAAGGACCAGGUGAUCUCAGACUUACGUGCCGAGGGAGAGAAACUCAGCAAACAACAGCUGGCACUCAACAACAUCAUCAAGAAACUACGAGCCACUGAGCGGGACAAUCAGAAGACUAUCAGCUCCUUGAAGGAACAAUUAGAAGAAUGUACACAAGAAGUGGACAGAACAAAGAAGGCGUUGUCAGCCAAGCAGGAUGUAGAGCGGUCACAGAUAGAAGCUGUGCAUCAGCUGACGAGGACCAACAAUCAAUUAGAGAAUCAGCUGACUCAGCUACAGUCCCAAGUAGAAAAUCUUACUUCAACCAUCGUGUCUCUGCAAAAGGAGUUGACAGACAGCAAGGACAGAGUGACACAGCUGCAGUUGUCCUUGAAGGAGGCCAAGUCAGAGGCAGAGGCGGAGGUGAGAAGGAGGCUAGAGGGGGAGUGGGGGGAGGUGGCUGAGCAGAGAGACAGCUUGGAGGCUGAGGUGACAUCACUGAGAGACAGACUGGACCAGCAACUGGAGCUGCAUGACAAAGAGGUGCGUGAGUUGCGCACACAACACACAGAGUUGCUACGCAGGCUGGAGACUGCAGGGGCUGCGGCUGAGGAGGUCGCGCAGAGUGUGAGUGCAGCCACGCAGCCACUGGUGCGGCAGAUACACACACUCACUGCACAGAACUCUCAGAACCAGGCAGCAUGGGAAAGACAGGAACGCAGCUUGUUGCAGCAGAUCAAUGAGCUUCAGUCGCGAGUGACAGGCUUGGUGGAAGCAGAGAGGGGGCUGAGAGAACAGCUGAUGACGGCCACCAACAGAGGGGCUGGACUGGAGGCCAAACUGUCUGCGGGUCAGAGAGAACUGGAGGCUACUCAGGAACUGUUGACAGAGGCCAAGGACAAACUGCAACUAGCAGAGAGAGAAAAGGACAGACUGGUCAAGGAACAUGAGGAGAGUCUGAAGCAGCUGCGUAGUGAACUGUGUGAGAGUGAGAGAGACAGAAGGAGUUUGGAGCAGCAACUGUCCGUGGAGAGAGCUGCUCUGGAGGCUGAGAGGAGAAAGACUGCGGCAUUGCAGGAGCAGACAAAGAUGCGAGGUCAGUCUCCCCCCACCACUCCCCGCUCUUCCCCCACCCUCAGUCUGGGAAGGUUGUCUGUCUGUGACUCAACAGCCAGUAACAUGUGGCCAGGAUUUGGAGACGAUGUGUUUGAGACGGCCUCCAUGAGUGGAAGGAUGAGUGUGUACGACAGUCUGCGGCCUGGGAACACCACCUCUCUGCUCGAGGGACUCCAGGCUCAACUGAAGCAAAGAGAAGGUGAAGUACACCAACUACAAUGGGAGUUGUCCAGGAGAGAGGUAGAGAGGGCAGCACUCAGCAAUGAGUUGGCAGCCCUGACUGGCCGUGUGGAGGUGCAGGACAAGCAGUUGGCAGCACUAUCCACACUACAGACAGAGUAUGAUGCAUUGCUGCUAUUGUAUGGGGAGAAACUAGAGGAGAGUCAGGAGCUGAGAAUGGACCUGCAGGACGUCAAGGAUAUGUACAAGACUCAGAUCGAUCAACUGUUGAAGAAAGAAGAACCAAGUACAUGAUGUGUGGCUCUUUAAGUGGCCUUUGUCUGUGAUAAACCAAAAGAUUCCUAGCUUGAUAUAAAAAUAGUGAUGUACAUAA